AUGGACAAAAGAGGAAGCACUACGGCGAGUUACAUCCCUGUUUUCACUCUGGCUUUUCGAGAUGCUCGCUCACACGAGUUUCCUGCACAUCACAACAUACUCUCCUCAAGGAAUUCGGUGGCAGGCGCUUUGGGUAGACGUAGUUCAAAAAUGGAUGGCACGAUAAGCAGCUUGCUUCCAAAUUUUCAACAUCACAGAAAGUCCAUCGCCGUGGGUACGCUUGGUCGACGAGCCUCCUUUAUGGAGGGAGCUGGAGAAAUACUGCCAGGAAGUUCCGUAGCAGCACAUCGAAGACCAUCAACUGCCGCGACCGCUAGUGGUCCUUCGUUCCGGCGUCUGAGCGUUCAGCCAAAUGAUGAUGCUGUGCAUUUAAUAGUGAACCGUAGACGCUCAUCCGCUCAUCCUAAACACUUUCUUUUAUAA